CAACGCCCUCCAAGUUCAACACCAAUUCAUCUCUCUUCUCUGCUCUCGAUCUCUAUCUUCAAGUCAAUCAAAACCGAAAAUGUCUCAAGAUGCCAAACUCUUUUCGCGUGGUAAGGUCCAAGAGUUAAGGGCUGAACUUCAAACUGAUAAAAAAGAUAAAGGAUUUCAACGUAAGAAGAAUACGCUCAAGAAAGUAGUUGCAAACAUGACCAUGGGAAACGAUAUGUCACCACUCUUUUCAGACGUGGUUCAAUGUAUGGGAAUUCAAAUUCUGGAAAUCAAAAAGAUGGUAUACCUUUACCUCAUCAAUUAUUCACGUUCAAAACCAGAUUUAGUGAAAUACGCCAUGGAAGGAUUUCUAUCUGAUUGUAACGACAGAAACCCAUUGAUCAGAGCCUUAGCGAUCCGAACCAUGUCCUACAUCCCAGUUCCAGCCGUUCAUCGAGCAAUCCUAGACCCCUUACGACAUUGUUUAAAAGAUUCUGAUCCAUAUGUGAGAAAGACAUCGGCAAUCUGUGUAGCUAAAUUAUUUACACAUGAUCGAAAAUUAGUAGAAAAAGAAGGAUUUGUGAAUAAUUUACGUGAUUUAUUGGCUGAUUCAAAUUCAACUGUGAUUGCAAAUGCUGUUGCAGCCUUGACUGAGAUUUCAGAAAAAAGUGAAAAUAUUCAAUUAAGACUUAAUUUAACGAUUGCUAAUAAAUUGGUGGCAGCUUUAGGUGAAUGCUCUGAGUGGGGACAGACUUAUAUUAUUGAAGCAUUAAUGUAUUAUGUUCCAGAAGGAUCAGGUGAUGCGGAAAUCUUGGCUGAACGACUUGCAAUCAGACUACAACAUUCAAAUAGUGCAGUGGUCUUAACAACCAUCAAGGUGAUCAUCUAUCUUAUGAAUUAUAUGGCAGAUGUAGAAGUUUUGGAAGCCAUGUGCAAAAGAAUGAGCGCAUCCCUUAUUACUCUUCUCUCAUCUGGAUACGAAGUUCAAUACGUAGCUCUUCGGAAUAUCUUACUGAUCAUCCAACGAAGACCAUCAGUUUUGAAAAACCAAGUCAAGGUGUUUUUUUGCAAGUACACUGAUCCGAUUUAUGUCAAGUUGGCUAAAUUGGAGAUCAUCUAUCGUCUAGCCAGUGAACAAAACUUUGAACAAGUCUUGGCCGAGUUAGCUGAAUAUGCUUCAGAAGUAGAUGUGGAUUUUGUACGAAAAGCUGUUAGAUCAAUUGGUAGAUUAGCCAUCAAGAUCUCAUCAGCUUCUGAUAGAUGUAUCGCAGUUUUAUUGGAACUAGUGGCUACCAAGAUCAAUUAUGUAGUUCAAGAAGCUAUAGUAGUGAUCAAAGAUAUCUUUAGAAAAUAUCCUAAUCAGUAUGAAGGCAUUAUUGGAUCUUUAUGUCAAAACUUGGAUGCUUUAGAUACACCUGAGGCUAAGUCUUCGAUGAUUUGGAUUAUUGGUCAGUAUGCUGAUCGGAUUGAAAAUUCCGAAGAAUUAUUGGAAGAUUUCCUUUAUACGUUUUUAGAGGAACCUGUAGAGGUUCAACUAGCGCUCUUGACAGCCACUGUAAAGUUGUUCAUCAAACGUCCUACAGCUGGUGCUGAGCUGGUCCCUAAGAUCCUUAAAUGGGCUACAGAAGAAGUGGAUAAUCCAGAUCUUCGAGAUCGAGGUUACAUCUAUUGGCGACUCUUGUCAACUAAUCCUACUGCAGCUAAAGACAUUGUCAUGGCUGAAAAACCAUCAAUCUCUACUGAGAGUGAAGCCAUGGAUCGAGGUGUGCUUGAUCGCUUGUUACUCCAGACUGGUACCUUGAGCUCAGUAUAUCAUAGAAGUCCUGAAGUCUUCAUUCGAAGCACUAAACCGAAGUAUCUAACUGACUCACCAGCUCUUAAUCCUGCCGCCAAACAAUCGUAUCAUGAAUCAUUAAGCAUUUCAACCCGUAGACCACCUCCGAUCCUACGAACUUCAACUGUACCUAAACCUGAAACCGAAAAUAGUACGAAUGUCUCAUCUAAACCAGAACCAUCUACCAGAAGUCAAACACUACCAAUCAUCACCGAUACACAAACCCCACCUGUGCUUCCGAUGAAACCAAGUUUAUCGAAAUUAAAAGAACAUGAAAUGAAUCAAUUCAAUAGAUCAGAAGAAGAGAUUAGUGAAGAGAUGGGCAUCGGAUUAGAUUCGAAUCUGGCCACCACUCGAAUGAUGGUCAAUGAUGAUCCUUAUGCUGCUUUGAGUUCUUUGGAUCCUACUGGGUUUUAUGGCUCUAGUGCUUAUCAAGUAGAUGUUCCUUUACCUUUGAAUAAUCAAUUGGUUGGAUCACAACUUGAUUAAAACUCUAGAAAGAAAAUUUGUUGAAAUGGUUUUGGAUUUCUUAAGUGGGAUUUGUAAGAGUUUGAUAUGUUUUGUUUUGUGUUUUGUUUUUCAUGGCUUUUUUUCUAUUUCAGAACAUAUGUUAGAAUCAUCAAAAAGAUUGGUUAAGGUUUCUCUUAAAAAGAUGUUUAAAUAGUUUUGAUUUUUUCUCUCUCCGUCGAUUUGGGACUGGUGUUGUACUUUUGAUUUUGUUAAUGUUAUUUUAACAGAAGUUUUUAGAGAUAUG